AUGCUCGUCCGUCGUGGGUGGAGUAUUGUGUACUACUCCGUCAGAGGAACCAGCGCCCAACGCAUCCGGACUUUGGGGCUCGAAUCGUACGUGUAUUGGACGAGAAUCGAUCAAUCGGACAGCCCUGAUCCGUCCGUUAACCAAUCCUCCACGACCGGAGCCCGCCCGGUCCACCUCAACGACCACGCGAAAAAAGGGCCAAACGUUAAACUCGAGCUCCCCGCGAUUCCAGGCGAAAAGUGCCCCACGUCAGAGGAGAAAACGAGUCUGGCGGGCCCAAAGUUUCGCCGAGUCCCCCUCUUGCCCACCCCAAACGAAAACGACCAAACGUACGAAGAACUGACGAGCCCCCAAAAAAUUCUCGCCUGCUCUCUUCGUCCCUCUCCCAAUGGGGGUCGCGUGUCCCCUUGCCAAUCCUCGUUGAACCUGUUUUCCAUGGUGGUCGAGGGAUCCGGUAUGGCCGAGGUGCCACUCAAGACCACUCUACCGCGCAAGAGCGCCUUCUCGUGCGAGGCCUGUCGCAAACGCAAGCUUGAAUCUCGAGUCGCUCAGUUGGAAGAUGCCCUGUCCAAGCUGCGAGGCCAGCAGGGCGAGGGGGAAGUCCGCAAGGUGAGCUCGCCGGCCUCGGUGGCGGAAUCAAGCUCGAGUGCCGGGCGCAGAAUCAAGAGCGAGCCGGACGACACCCUCGAUCUGACCAGGGAUUUCGACGGAUUAAAUGUGGAAAAUGACGGUCGAAUUUCAUUCCACGGCCCGACAAGUUUGUUCCAACUUCCUAGUGGUAUGAGUAACGAGACCGCGUCUAGUUCGCAUUUUGCGCAGGAGCUGGAGGCGCGCAAGGAACGUCUGAUCACCAGUGCAUGGCGGGAACGCGCAUUCGAGCAGAUGGCUGCCAUGCCGGAACCCUUUCAAUACCUGCUGGAUUCGCAUUGGUGCUGGAUCCAGCCUUUGUUCAACUUCGUCUAUCGCCCAGCCUUUACCCGGGAUAUGAAAAUCCAUGGUCCUUAUUACUCUGAUGUCCUCCUGAACGCCGUUCUCUCCCAUUCCGUGCGGUGGUGCAAAGCUGAGCCCCAGGUUGGCCCGCUUCUAGACUCCUUCGAGGGAGGAGCACAAUUUUAUCAGCGUGCCGUGUCGGGCCUUUUUGAUUCGCUUAAAGUUGGCUAUGCGACCGUUCCAACAAUCCAGACUCUACUUCUCCUAAGCGCACAGGAAUGCGGUCGCGGCAAUCGAACACAGGCCUGGCUAUAUAGCGGCAUGGCAUUUCGGGUAUUGGAUGACCUAGGCAUCUCGAUUGACAGUCGCAAAUUCCCCGGCGCAGCGCAGCUGAGUGAUGAGGAUGUUGAGAUCCGCAAUCGACUCUUCUGGAGUUGCUACUUCUGGGACAAGGUGGUGUCAUUAUACUUUGGUCGGGCGCCGACAAUGCAACACUCGCGUGUCAGCCCACCACUGGACGAUACCUCGGAGAUCGAAAUCUGGACCCCUCAUGGUGUGAGCUUUCCCGAUGGAGCCCACUACCCUCCCACACAGGCACGCUCCACGUCUUGUUUCAUUCAAAUGUGUGGUCUGGCCGAAAUAUUAAAUCAGAUCUUGAUCCAUAUCUAUGACCCGGUGCGCCGAAGUACGGAGACCGAAUUUUUUGAUUGUGUCCAGGAGCAAGCCAAGAACUUGAGUGACUGGUGGGAUGGGCUUCCCGACUAUUUGAAACUUGUGGCCACCGACCUACCAUCAUACUCGCCGCCCAGCCACAUCACAACCCUGAACUGUCUAUAUCAUACGAUAAACAUCUUGCUACAUCGACCUAUUCUCUGCUCUCGCGGCGUGCUGAAGACCCGACAAGAAGCACCCGACACAAGCCAUCUGUUUCAGUGCAUGGCAUCCGCAACAACUAUACUGUCUCUAUUCGAUCUCUACUGCCGCACAUUUGGAGACAGUCACGUUGUCCUCUCUCUUGCCUACAGCAUCUAUACUGCCGCGUCGAUUUUCCUCCUUGAGAUUCAGGCCUUGAAAUACGCCGCACCAGGGACACUAGACAAGCUAAAGUUCUGCAUCUUUGCCCUGGAGCGGGUCAAGAUCUCUAAUCCUGUCAUCACAACCGCUCUCAAUCUUGUCUAUCAAGAGUUGCAGAAGCUCCAGAUCGACAUCCACGCUAUGCCUGCCCCACCUCUGGACAGCGAGAAACAAAGUCAUCAACACCCGCCCCAACCCUCCCAUCCGGGCCAGCAAAGCCAAUCUCCCCCUCUUAGCAACAACCCUUCCCGCCACGUUUCCCCAGGCCAGCAACACCGACGACAACACAGCCGAAUAGCCACGGCUACACAACCAGGUCCCACAGGGCCCAACACUACCGACUCUAUGAUGCCUGGCUACAGCGCCUUCCCGCCACAGUCGGUCGCUAGCUUCGACCUGUCGCAGAUAGGCGAUAUGCCUCAGAUGCCACCCACCCAUCUUCUAGGCGGCAUGCCCAAUGCUGUGAUGGCCGUCGAUGAUCCAGGCUCCUAUGAGAUAACGCCAGAGGUCUUCGAGGCGUUUUCGUAUGCGCAGCCAAUCUCGGCCAACAUGACGUCUCCAUUCGAAACAAAUUGGGCUGGCCAGGGCCAGUGA